ACCGGCCGGCUUGUCGGCUUGAUUCCCAAUAUGAUGUUCAUACUUGACCUUGAAGAGUGCAUGCUGUAGCAGACCCAAGACCCAAGACCCACCAGGGAAACAAGGAUGAGAGAGAGCCAAGAUGAAUGCCAAGUCGAUUCCCCUCUUUUCUGCAGCAGGAAUGACCCCCAUGUCGAAUAAUAUCACCCGUCAUCAUGCCUGCAUCACGCGUGGAAAAAUGACUCCGCACUUGAGUCGGAGUUGCACCGGACUAGGGUUGGCGAUGGUUCCACCUAUGAGUGAUCUUGUCGGACAUGGAGUUUUCAUCUCCGAUUGCGGUGUGAUUCGUGGCAACGAUGGAGAGAGAUCCAGCAUAUCCAGCAUGGUUUCGGAGGAGACUACCGAAUAUGUCAAGUUGCUGCAGGUUAAGCUUGACUUAGUUAUGUAGUAUGUAUGUAGUAUGGAGUAUGUAGUGGAGGUUGAUGUAGACUGGGUAUG